UUUUUGGUUGUUUUUUUUUAUUUUAUUUUUUAAUAUGAUCCCUUUCAUCAAUCGCACUACUGACAUUGUCUUGUCGGACCAGCUCCAGGCAAGGGAUGUUAAUGUACGCGAGAUCAUUGACGAACUACGUAGUCAGAGUGAUGCCUAUACGGAUGUUUUCGAAGGUGUCGUUUUGAUGGCACCGGGGCGCUUUCGAGUCACGUGUAAAAGUGCUCGAAAAUUAGCAGUGGCCGAACGGAUGGGCCUUUUAGUUCGUGGUCAUCCGGUCGAAUUUCGGCCCAUAUCUUCCUUCAAAUGGGUAAACAUUACUCGCUUAUCCUAUGGUGUUCCUGAGGUGGAAAUUUCUAGAGUCCUGGAGCCAUAUGGUCGCAUUAAACUUAUCAAGAGCGAGCAGUAUUCUCAUGUUUAUACUGGUGUGAGGAAUGUUCUGAUGGAGGUCCAUCGGGAUAUUCCUGCACGAGUUCGCAUUGCUGGACAUUGGUGCUUUGUUCAUUACAAAGGCCAGAAAAAAUUAUGUUUCCAAUGUGGUAAGGAAGGCCACAUGCGUGGAAACUGUCUAGAGAGGGAGGUUGCUGGUGUCAUUGGUCAAUUGGCCAAUGCUGUUGUGGAACAAGAGGAACUUGCUGAUCCUCCUUUAGUUGUUCCAGAGAUAAUUGAUCCUCCUAUAAUUGUUACUCCUCUUCCUGUAGUCGCAGAUGUUACUGUGCCUUCUGUUGUCACUGAACAAGUCGAAUCCCAUGUUGAUCCUCAGACUUCUGUUCCGGUGGACAUGGUGCCUGCACCUGUUGAGGUUCCGCCUACUUACGCUUCCAUUGUUGGGGGUAAACGUCGUCGUUCUCCAACACGGAAAAAAUCAUCUUCUCCUCGAUCCAAGAAGGAUCGUCGCCGGGAUAAAUCGCCUUGGGGUGAUUGUUCUAUCAGUGACCCUCAUGAUAGUGAUGGAAGUGUCUCAGAGGAUUUGUCCUUUGAUUCUGAUUUGGUAUUGGGUGUUGAGCCCGAAAACGUCCCUCUUCCUGUUGAUGAUGAUACUGCACUGGACUUUGACACAAUGGAUUAUCCUUUAACUCAGUUUACCCCGAACCUUCCUGGUGUACUUCCAGGUCGGCCUCCUAUUGAUGUACCAGAGGACUCGCAGGCCUCUGAGGAAACCCGAGUUACUAGUCGUUUUUUUGCCACACUGGGUUCUGAUUCUCAGAACCGUAGUGAUUCCCUGGAAUGGGCUUAAGCCUUUUUCUACAUUUUAAAAAAUAUCUAUUGUUAAAAACAUUCCUAUGUCUCAAUUAAAAUAUACUAUGGCGAAUACUACAACUAAUUAUAAUAAUAUAUCUAUAGUUACAUUGAACUGUCAGGGGCUUCGUGACGCGAUUAAACGGAGUACUUUUUUUUCCUGGCUCAAUUGUGUGAAAGCUGACAUUAUCUGUCUUCAAGAGACGCAUUCUACUUCUAGUGUUGAAUUUGAAUCUUGGGUCCAGUCCGAAUCUGACAAUGGCAAUAACCUCCAACGUUAUUCUGUCGUCUCAUCUCCUGGCUCUGCUCGCAGUGCUGGUGUUGCUAUUUUGCACAAGCCAUCUUUCCUUAUGGAAAAAUUGCAUCGAGAUGCUGUUGGUCGUUUGGUAAUCACUCAUUUUUCAUUCGCUGCAUGUGAUUCUUCGCCAUUUCAAGUGGUCAAUGUGUACGGUCCAAACCAGAAACGGCUUGGCGACGAUUUCUUCGCAUCUAUCCUCCCAGAGAUCGAUCCUAUUCCUUAUACUAUAUUUUGUGGCGAUUUUAAUACUGUUGUGGAUUCGCAGUUGGAUCGGAUGGGUUGUAAUUCAUCCUCCUACUGGGCUUACAACUGGCCUCAGACUCUGUCUCAUAUUACCUCCACUUUAAAUCUGGUGGAUGCCUGGCGUGAGUGUCAUCCCCUUGUUCGUGACUUUACAUGGCGUCGCCCUAAUGGUGCUCAAGCCUCUCGUCUCGAUAUGUUCUGGAUUUCGUCCUCCUUGCUUGAACAUGUUCGGCAAGUCGAUAUUUUACCUUUUUUUCGUUCGGAUCAUUCGUACGUUUUUCUUUGUGUUUCCCUGCCCACUAUGCCUGAUCGGGGUCCUGGGGUUUGGAAGCUAAACACUUCUCUUUUGGCCAAUGAGGUAUUUAAAACUCGUGUUCGUGAUUUUGGGCAUUCGUGGCAGGAUCAGAAGGACUCGUAUCAUUCUCUCGACUUGUGGUGGGAUGCUGGUAAAGCCCGUCUGAAAUCUUUGAUCAAGGGCUCGUAUUUCUUCCUUAGAUCACACUUUGUAUCACCUUAGUCGCCGUGAACGGAGUGGUGAAGAUGUGGCCCAUCUCAUUAAAGAAACCAAGGAACUCCUUGAGCUUGAACAUCAGCAUCGUGCGGAGGGAGCUAAACUUCGUGCUAAGGAACAAUGGGCAGAAGAGGGUGAGUCCUCAUCAUCUUAUUUCUUCCGUCUUGAAAAGACUCGUGCCAUCCGUAAGUUAUUUACUGGAAUUCGGAAUGCGCAAGGUGUUAUUGUUCGUUCUGUUUCGGCCAUUAUUCGUGUCUGGUGUCUUUUUUAUGUUCAAUUGUUUACCGCCUGUAUUCUUUCUCCACCGGAUCAAGACUUUUUUAUCAACUCUCUGGACUUGGCUCUGUCAGAUCGCGAGUCGGCUUUGUGUGAAGGUGAUCUUACUGCUCAUGAAUGUCUUGCGGCCCUUAACAGUUUUCGACCUAACAAGUCACCUGGCAUUGAUGGCUUGCCCUACGAAUUCUAUAAGUGUUUUUGGGGUGUUCUUGGUUCAGAUCUUGUUUCUGUUCUGAAUGACUGUCUUGUACAGGGCUCACUGUCAUUUACCCAGCGUACUGGAUUAAUCACUUUACUUUAUAAAAAGAAUGACAAGUUGGAUACGAAAAACUGGCGUCCCAUUUCCUUGCUGUGUACCGAUUAUAAGAUCUUGGCUAAAGUUUUGACCAAUCGACUGAUUACAAUAGUCUAAAGGACGCAGGAAUUGAAAUGAACACGAUCGAGGGGAUCGAAUGUUAUAGUAAAACCGUGUGGUUUGUUGUUUUCAACACAAGAACCGAUCGACAAAAGUACAAAGAACAAAAGAUCAACCUACACGGAAAGGAGUUCGAGCUGAAAUCAAACGAAGCACGUUUCAUAGUCAGACCUACAUAUAUCUAUGUGCGGGCUUACGGUUAUCCGUUGGAUGCCGACCAAGACAUACUACAGCAAACUUUAAGUUUAUAUGGGGAUCUAGUUGAGCUGACGGAUGAUAUGGACGGUCGACUAGGGAUAAAAACAAUGAACAGGAACUAAAUAUUAUAAAUGUAUAUGCACCAACAAUACCAAGAGAACGCAAAGACUUUAUGGAAACGAUAUGGAACUUUAAAACAGGUGACACCAACUUAAUACUAGCUGGAGACUUCAAUUGUGUCGAAGAUCCCACAUAUGAUAAACUAGGCGGGAACCCAACAAGCGGCACAGUGGGCCUUGAAGAGCUAUCGAACUUCCAUCCAACCACGAUCUGACAGACAUAUGGCGAGCACAACAUCCGGGAGACAGAAUUUAUACGUGGAGCAACCGUGAUUUCACUUUACGAUCAUGCUUGGACAGAUGGUACAUACCAAAAGAAACUACUGGAACUGCAACUUCGUGUAUACGGGCCUGCCCGCAUUCGGACCACUCCGCUGUGGAGGUUGUCUUUGUCUUGACGGACUCCAGGCAACGUGGGAAGGGUGUAUGGAAAUUUAAUAACACGCUCCUCGACGACAAAGCUUUCGGAAGGGAGAUAACGUACGUGUACUCCUUUUGGAAAGCAUGCGCAAACGAAUACCCAGACAAGUUAGAAUGGUGGGACGAAGUAAAAGCACAUUUCAAGAAAGUUGCCAUUACUCAUUCGGUAAGAAAGAUCAGAAACCGCGAGAAACUGGAAACAUCACUAAGACACAAGCUCACGAAACUUAAAAACGAACUGCACCCAGAUGUGAAUGCGAUAAGUACCAUAGAACAGCAACUACGAGAACUCGUCACAAAAAGGCUCGAAGGCGCUAAAGUUCGCAGUCGGGCCUCGUGGCUUGAGAAAGGCGAAAAACCGACGAGGUUUUUCUUCAACCUGGAACAAACAAAGCAGAAACAAGCCACUAUUACAAAAUUAACGACAGCACGAGGUGAGAUUACAUCACCAAAAGACAUACUACAGGCAACGGUGGACUUUUACCAAACACUAUACACGGACGAGGAGGUAGACGAAGAUACACAAAAAUGGUUCCUUGAGCAACUAGAUAGAACUCUCGAGCAUCACGCAAAGAACUUGUGCGAAGGACCAAUCACGCGGAAAGAACUCGAUGAGGCUCUUAAAAAAAUGCACGGAAACAAAUCUCCAGGACCGGACGGGUUAACGACCGAAUUUUACCAAACAUUCUGGAAUAUGAUCGCUGACGAUCUCGUCGAAGCCUUCAACUUUGCCUCUGAAGGGGAACAACUCUCACCAACGCAAACAUCGUCACUCCUAAGGUUACUCUUCAAGAAAGGUGACAAAACUCGAUUGAAAAAUUGGAGACCUAUAUCACUCUUGAACACAGACUAUAAACUACUCGCGACUGCCAUAGCCAACAGACUAAGACCAACGCUACCUACGGGAGUCCACCCUGACCAGACGUGCGGAAUCCCACAGAGAUCCAUCUUCGAUAAUACUCUCAGACUACGAGACAUGAUCCACGAAGCUAACACUCGGGGAAACAAUUUAAUUCUCGUGAACUUAGACCAAGAAAAGGCAUUCGACCGCGUCAACCGAAGGUUCCUUGAAAAGAUCUUAAUAAAAAUGAACUAUGGUCCCUCGUUUGUUCAAUGGAUUCGCACCCUGUACGCAGGGGCUAACUGUAAAAUUAUCAACAAUGGAUACUUGUCGGACACGGUUUAUCUCGGGAGAGGUGUAAGACAGGGCUGUCCCUUGUCACCCCUGUUAUACACUCUGAUCAUUGAAACACUGGCAACAGCCAUUAGGAAAGACGAACGGAUCGAGGGGAUACCGGUACCUGGAACUAUUGAUGAAAGCAAAAUAUCAGCUUAUGCAGACGACGGCACAUUAACCCUAAAAGAUGACCGCUCGGUGGCCCGGGCCUUCGAGGUUAUCCAGCAGUACGAAGCGGCAAGCGGCAGUAAGUUAAACAUGGAAAAGACGGAAGGCGUGUACGUGGGCCAACAGGCGUGUACGUGGGCCAACAGGCGGGUCGGACAACGGGACCAGUCCCCAUAACAUGGAAGACCGACGCGAUCACGGUGCUAGGCACGAAAAUGGGGAAUAAUAUGGAACAGGAUUGGGCAAAACAGCUGGACAAACUAGAAAAGAAAUUCGAAGCAUGGAAAAACCGAUCCCAGACUGUUCUCGGGAAGGCAGUACUAAUACGCACAUAUGCGAUUGCAACCAUCAUUUACCUGUCAUCCAUUUUCCCAAUCCCUCCAAACAUCAUCGUAAAAGCUCAACGGCUAUGCUUCCAGUUUUUAUGGAAUAAUCGAAACGAACUCGUAUCCAGAGCUACAUGCCAUCUUCCCCGUGGGGAGGGUGGUUUAGGCCUACCAGACCUGAACGAUAUUGCUAAAAUCAGCCUCGUCAAAUGGAUCAGGAAGAUAGUCGACCAAAAGAAUAAAGCGCUAUGGACACACCACGGACGUUACUGGACAGGUCAAUCGCUGGGUUUGAUCAAGACGUCCGAAUGGUUGUGGCUUAGAUCAAACACGAAACCACAUGGCGAUCCAGAACACACACCCUCAUGGUACGAAGUACUCCUCCAAUUCUGCAGACAACACAGGGAUAAAAUCAAGGCUACACCUGACCACCAUCUUACCGCGAAGACAAUGAAAACAUGGCACGAACGAAAGACCACACCUCGAUGUGAAACGGAGUGGAAGCGAUAUGUUGGACUGCCUCUCAAUUUCGAACAAGUCUGGCCCCACAUUUGGGGGUCAGAAGCUAAUAAUCAAGCCAAAGAAUUUCUGUGGCGACUCGCGCACCGGGUACUACCAACCAAAAGUUUACUCAGACACUGGGGUGUUCAGGUUCAACCGCAAUGCCCAUUCUGCAAUCACAAUGAAGAUAUGCACCACGCCCUGAUCAGUUGUCAACGAGCCAUACAACUAUGGCAAGACCUACGUCAACUAAUAUCGGCAACCGCCGGUACCAACAUUCCUAUACGGUUGGAAACCAUAGCCUUUGGCUGGCACUUACCCAAGGAAGAAAAACGAGAAAGACUAACCUACUAUAUCAUCACCCUAGCCGCACACACACUAUGGGCCUCGAGAAAUAAGAAAAUAGUCGGGUUGGAGAAACAAGUUUCGCUGAAGCAUAAUGUUAUCCAAAAGAUCAAAAGCCGAGUUAAAGCAGAGGAACUUAAUAACAUUAACAAAGUAGCUGAUUUCUGGGGUUUUGGACAAAUAAUCCUGUCCAGGAACAAUGAUCAAACUGUAUUCCACAUCUAAAAGGAAAAAACACUGUUAAAAUGAUGGACUGAAGUCCACCUAAAAAUGAAAAACCUGAGAAAGCCAAAAAUGAACUGCAUCUAGAAAAAGAAAAAUACAUUAGUAUUAAGGAUAAUUGAAAUCGAACUGCACCUAGAAAGUUAGAGACAAAUGAGUAAUAUAUGCACAUGUAAAUAUCAUUUAAUUAUGUUAAUAAAGACUUUGAAAAACAAAAAAAGGAUCUGUUCUUAUCAGCUUAAUAAAUCAAGACCUUGGCAAGAAGACGCACAAAAGAAGAGGCAGCAGCAGAAUCCUGACGUUUGGCAACUCCGAAGCAAGUCCUUGGCCAAGACGAAGACGGCAGAAGAACUCGAGUUCGGGAUUGGCUUACUCUCAAAGGGAGUAUGUACAAGCCGAAGGCCUCCAAGGCUUCAGGCUUUGUGCAUAUGACCGGCGAGGGUGGCCAUAACCGAAACUGGGCAUGCGGGUGUAAGCCAGGUCUCCUUGGCCCACCUGUAUCGCCUAUCCCUCCUAUGCUGCGAUCCACCAUUGAACAGCUCGGCUAUGGCCCACCUUUUUCGUGGAAACUCCAACAAGACACCCUCCUGACAAAACUAGAACUGAAAUGGACAACGAAUAUCGGACAACCCUCAAGCAAGCUCGCACUGUUCCCUCCUCCACUGAUGACCGCCAUCGCUUCUCUGCACACUUCGCCUACCUCUUGGUCCCUCGAACAAGUUGACAACCACCUCCUCUCCUGCCUGACCUGGACCACUCCAACUACACUUACGCCUCCUGCAUCUCCAACCUCGACCCUCGAUGACUCUGGCUACUCUUCUCUGCCACACUACUCACCUUCAUCUCCUCCACGACGCAGCACUCCAGACCUAUCACCUGUACGCCUUGACUUUCCAUCCACGAUAGAAACCAGCAUAAAGACAUCCACGAAGCCUAAUAAACAAACCAAGGAUGCCUCCACUGCUACCUCUACCAAGAUGAUCGUUGCAGCCUCUGCACAAACCUCUCCACCAGCUGUAAUGGACGCCAGUGUCCAGACAUCCACGUUCCCUAAUCAACAAACCCAGGAUGCCUCCACUGACCCCAUCCCAGUUACCAUCAAUACCUCUUCCACUUUCUGCCAAACCUCAACUCCAGCUACUAUGGGCACCGGUGUCCAGACAUCCACGUUUUUACCGAAUCUAUACCAGGAUGCUGGCACCUCGACCACAGGACCUGUUGUUACCACCACCAGCUCUCAAACCUCGUCACCCUCCACUAAAGUUUCCACCACGCAAACCCCCGCUCAAGAGCCCAAAUACUCAACCAGAACCAUCAGUACCCAAGCUUCCUUCUGUUUUAUUCCAACCUCCGAUCCACCAGACACUACUACCUCCACCACCUCGAAGAAGAAGAAGAAAGGCAAACCCGCUCCAGUACACACCCUUGAUGCCGCAACCGAGUAUGACCCACCUACCACCCAGUAUCGUCACUGCCGCCUCUGCCAGAACCCGAACUUUGAUGAAACAAAAACAAUAUCCCACCUGCUGACCUGCGAAGACCUACCAACCCACCUCCUCCAUUACCGCAAUGCCUUCUUCAAGCAACAAUCCCUAGCUACCGGAAUCCCAAUCGAAUCCCUCCAGACACAAACCGCCCUAUUCCUGACCACCCACAAGAUUGAAGAACCUGACCCCAGUGACACCAACUCCACCAAGGAUUACCUUAUUGGCCAACUAUUCCUCAGUGCCAUACCUGAAUUUGAUCAAGUUGAACAAUACCACGCGGCCCUUUGUAAGUUCACCCGCCACCUCAUUGCUGCAACAUUCAAACACCUCCAGCUCAACCCCGAAUCAGGCCACCAACAACUUUUCUACCUCCACGGCGUUGACUCCCUCCCACACGAAGACGAAAACCAGGACCGCUCCCACCAUCCAUUUGAUCUCCUUGAUUCCUACCCAGAUGACGAAUCCUACCACGAUGUUGACGAUGACUACUACGGCUAUGAUGAUGAAUAUUAAAAUCCAGGGGCUAUGCUUCGGCAUAGUCCCUUCCAUCAAUUAAGUCUUUAUACAGUGCACUAGGCACACAUGUUUUUAUAUUUUCAUUUAGCCACUGAACUUUUUUGUUUUUCCCCUUUAUACGCACACAUACACAGACCACUCGGGUACAUACUUCACCAUAGGUACUCGUCCAUGAGAAAAUCCCCGCUCAUGAGUCGACAUUUCAAAUUGCAUGGAAAAUCCAAAAUAAGUCAGCCACACGUUAGGUUUUAUAUAUCUCUUAAGUUCAAUUUAAGGCACCAAGAGCAAAAAAUAAGCUCAAAUCAGUUUAAGUUUAAGACAUAGGACCACAUGCGUGAGAUAAACGCACUAGCUAGACCCCUCAGAAGGACCCCAUCACUUUUCGUGCAUCUUUAGAUAAGAAACUCUGUUCUUAUCAGCUUAAUAUCUGAUAUGUUAGGCAAUGCCUAACUCAUAUAUUAAACUGAUUUUUGGACUUCGGCCAUGGGAUUGAAGCUUGCUUCGCCCUGGCCACGGGUUGUCUCGGUAUUGCACUACAUCCGAGUACGGCCCCUUCCCCACUCGGGGAAGAACAUUUUUUAUUUCAAAUCAAACUAUAAAGCAAUCUCUAGUUUAUUAGACGAUCACACACACUUAAGUACUUUUCACAUGCCCAUAGAUUUAUAUUAACACCAUACUCGAAUACCACAUGAAAUAAUAUAUCACGGCUUUCUCAUGCAUAUAUAACAUACAUAUCAUAUGACUUGUAACACUUUAUUAUUUAUAUCCUAUGUUGAUAUUUCACACCUUGUGAGCGUGUUUUCAUUCGGCUACGAACCGAAUCAACUACAUAUAAUUUGACUAACAUACUUUUCCAUCCUCUAGACCGCGGCACAUGACGUUCAAGACAAGAGGGAAACCCCUGAACUACCACAAUCGCGUCUCAUCAUCAUCGCGUAUAUAAGGUGAGCGCCGUAAACAACAGCAUACUUACCUGACGCGUCAUGGUUAAGUUUUUCAUUCGUUCUCUUCGGAGUUCGUCUUAUUCAUUCGUUCUAGCUUGCUAGUUCGUCUUAUUUAUUCGUUCUCUUCGGAGUUCGUCUAAACCUCUCACCAUUGGUCACUUUGUGUCCUCUGGAGGUUAGCACAGUGCGCAUGCGUACUGUUGUUAUUGCGCUCAGGAGGUUGGUAGCCCUAGUUUGGCCUGCAGUUUUGCCCUGUAGGACGUGGGCGAUCUCCUGUGUGUUUUAACCUGCUGCUCAUUGCACUUUCCCUUUGGGAUUGAGUUAAGCAGGCUAUAAACAUAAACUUACCUGACGCGAGAGGCACCUUGAUCAACUAGGAAGUCCUCUCAGGAUGAGGCCCUUUCAUUGCACUUCGACUGGGUUGACUCCUGCGAUUACCCCUAAUGUGGGUAACUCGAGCGUAUAAUUUCUGGUAGUGGGGACCUGCGUUCGCGCUCGUCCCCUUCAACAUAUAAUAUUCAUGUAUAAAUGUAUAAAGCCGUGUUCUUUCUUAGCACUGCCAUGUGUGUCGAUUGUUUUUGUAUAGAAUCCGAUGUCAAACAUAUCAUUUAUCACAGAAGACACUCUUUAUAUAUUCUCCGUGCCGAAAUCUCUCCAUCUCCUGUUCAUAUUACAUGGUAAGUAAAGCUAUACACGUGUUUAUAUUUUGUAAGCACUUCGAGUCUUUGCACACACUAUUCAAUUCAUUCGCUGCUGUAUAAAGUCACUUGCUUGCCAAUGGAAUUUCAAGCCAUCGCACGUACAUUCCAAGUGCCCAUUAACUGGCUCGCGUGUCACUCUCAAACGCACGUGUUUUGCCGGUCAAACUUAUAGAAUAGCGAGUAAAUAUUCCAAAAUUGCAUUAUUUCACGGCGUGUGACCCGAAACCUUUCCGGGUCACAACGCAGUUUGCGAGUGAAAGAAGCUCGACGCAUUCGUGAAUCUUUGAAGAGCGCGAAAGCCGAUACGCUCGCAACUCUCGUCUCACGCUCGAUGCCACACGGCCGCCGUGCCCCUCUACGCGACCGCACGCGCGUGCGCGAGAGAACCGCCAGAGUCGCGGUGGGCGAUCAUAACGGACUUGCCGUGCUCGUGCGACGAGUAACCAGGCGCCUGUCGACGUCAUAAUCGCUCGCAAGCGAGCUCCUUCUCACCGCGUUUUCGUAGCACAAAUGUUCGGUAGAAAUAUGUGUGGCAAACGGCGAAGAAGGCAUCGCUUCUCGGCCUUUUGGCUAACUGGUAUCUUGGUUUAUUAAAUACUACGCUUUCGAUAUCUGUUCUGUGAAGUGGUUCCCUAGAAGAAGUGGUUCCCUAGAAGAAGAAGUUCCUGUGUUCCUGUUCCUUUGGGGUGCGAAGUUUUUGGUCUCUGGUCCUGGUUGCUAUUGUCCUCUGGUGCUGGUGAUCCUCUGGCUUUGGGCUGUUUGUGGUCCCGUGUUCCUGGUGUAUCUCCUUGGUAUCUGUGGUUGGACCUCCCGUGUGGUGUGGACUUUACAGCUGGUACCCAAGUUGGGACCAGCUGUUGGUAACAUUGUAUAUAGUUCUUUUUUUGUAUAUAUUUACUGUGUGUGUGCGUGCGCAUCUUGUGCACCACAAGUGUUGGGCGAUUAUAAUGCCUAUAUAUGAAGGCCACAGAGCCGUGAUUGGAACGCUACCAGAUCUUGUGCUCAGCCCAGCGCCAUCUCUGACUGAGAUCCUUGAUGACAUUGAGCAUCAGUUGGGGGAAUCUGUAAUGCGGGGGCUGGUGUGCAACAUUAUGCAGCACACCGCCAAAUCGUUUAUCAUCCACCUUUCCCGUAAGGAACAGGUGGUGGAAUUUCUGGCAAAUGGGAUUACCUUUCGUACCCAUCCGGUCAAACUAGCCGAGGUCAAGACCUCUGUCUCCGUUACUCUUGAACGUGUCCCAUAUGGACUCCCGGGGAACGCUGUUUUGGCCGAGUUGCGCCAAUUUGGUGAAUGCAAGGGCUCCAAGGUCAUCAAGCACAAGGGGUAUGGCCUUUCAAAGCUCGUUGCGGACAUGGUCCUUAAAAGGGACAUCCCGAGUCGGAUUUCGGUUCAGGGGAAUCCGAUCAAUGUUUUUUACCGAAAUCAGCCUCGGUCCUGUUUUGUGUGUUCGGGGGCUGGUCAUGAGGCCCGGAAUUGUCCGAACAAGCGUAAACGUAAGCGGCCCGCAGAGCCGCCUGUGGAGCAACAGGGCCCAGGGGGCUCUCAGGAUGGUGGGAUACCUGAACUUCCUUCCUUCGCCGAAGUUGUUGCUGGUGACGAGGCUGGCCCUCGUACGAUCGAUCCUCCUCCUAAGUCCACUGUGGAGGUUUCUCAUUUAAACCCACCUACCGCUCAGGUUACUGAGCCCGUUGAUGUUCCGCCAGGUGGCGGUGAUGGUGUCGAUCCGUCUGCUACGUUAUCACACGUCAUCUUGCCAGGUGAUACUGAGCUUCCCACUCCUGUUGAUCCUGCUGUAGUCACCCUGCAAAGAACCUCGCCAGCCCCUGUGGCUGAAGAUCUGCCUGCUGUGGCCACCAUUGGUGAAUCCUCGGUUGUGCCGAUGGGCGAUUGUCCUGUGGAGAUGGAAGCUGCUGCCUCUGAGUCUCUCGCGGAGAGUGAACGUAUGGAUAUCACCAAAGUGACGGAUCCGCUUGCUGCCAUUCUGAUGUCGCCUCCUCGAACACUUUUGCCUCGUCCUAUGUACCCUUCCGAUUCAUCUACUGAACUUUCUUUGUCAGCUACGUCUGCCUCCCCGCUAUUGUUCGUUGGUCCCUUGCCAACUGAUACGGUUUCCCUCGAGGCCCUCCCUCCCAUAUCCGUUAUCUCAGGUCGAAAGGCAUCUCGGCAGAGCUCGAUGCGCAAGACGUCGGAGAAAAGUAAACCUUAUCGCCUAGCUGAAAAGCCUUCGUUGUCCCUCGCUCGGACCAAAUGCAAUCCUCGUCCGCUUCCCACCUCUGGACAGAAACGGUCGCAGUCCUUGCCAUCGAUCCCUCUCGAGAAUCAGUUUGCUGCUCUCCAUGACGAUGGCGACUCCUCCAAUGAGACUUGUGACGAUUAAUGUUCAGGGGCUCCGUUCUACGGAUGCUCGUCUCGUUUUUUUCUCUUGGCUUGUGUGUUUUUGUCCUGAUAUUGUGUGUGUGCAAGAAUCGCAUGCUACUUCAACCAAUGAGAUGCAUGACUGGGUGGAGGAGCAUAAUGCUCGUGUACAGCCCCGCUUUAGGUAUGAGUGUGUCAGCUCACCGGGUAGCGCGCGUUCCGCGGGCGUUGCCAUUCUCUUCAAGCCUAAAUUCGAGGUAAUUAGUUCUAAGAGGGAUGACGUCGGGCGGCUGGUGGUUGCUGAAUUCUCUAGCAACAACCUGAUCUUUCAAGUCAUGUGCCUCUAUGCGCCGAAUUCAAAAGAUGAAGGGAAACAAUUCUUUGAGUCCCUUUACUCUGCUAUUGACCCUGAUAUCCCUCUGUUGAUGUGUGGGGACUUCAACGCGGCAGUCGACCCAUAUGUUGAUCGAUUUGGUUGUAAUCCAGAGUCUCCCUGGGCGAACAAUUGGGCCUCCACUCAUUGUGAUUUGAUGAGUACAUUCGACCUCUGCGACGCGUCACCCUGGCGCCAAAGAGUUCACCUGGAGGAGGACAAAUGGUUCCCAGGGCUCACGUAUUGAUAUGAUCUGGCUGCCGGAGCGAUAUCUGGGGCUGGUCCAUUCUGUGGAAAUAUCACCUUUCCUUCGAUCAGAUCACCGAUGUGUGUUCCUCGAAAUCGCUCUUCCAUUUGGGGUGGAACGUGGACCAGGCUUGUGGAAAUUCAACGUCUCGCUUUUAAAAAAUGAGGCCUUUUGUGCUGAGGUCGAGGACUUUUGGUGCAAUUGGCGCGCUGAGCGCAGGUUUUGCUUUCUCUCGAAUUGGUACGAAGCUGGUAAGAUCGAGUUACGUAAGCUUAUUCGAGCCUUCUCUCGCAGGCUGGCGAGGGAUCUUGCCCGAUUAGCCCACAAGUUGAAUUCCAAGUUGAAAGACUUAGAAAAACGGGCAGAUGGCGGUGAAAAUCUCUCCGCGCUUCUUACAGAUACGAGGGCUGAGCUUGAUGCAUAUCUUCUGCAUGAGGCUCAGGGUGCUCGGUUACGGGCGCAGGUCCAGGAGGCAGAAGAAGGGGAGAGAUCGACGUCCUAUUUUCUGCGGAAAGAAAAAGUUCGAGGUCAACAGAGGCUGAUCAAAGCAGUUAGGCGGAGUGAUGGCUCUGUGGCCACUAGCGCUAAGGACGUUUCUGAUGUCUGGCGUGAUUUCUAUUUUCACUUGUUUUCAUCGCAGGAACUGGUGAUCGAUGAUCAAGCCCAGUUUCUCGAUGGCAUUGAGCGUAGUUUAACGCCAGCUGACUCCAAGUUGUGUGAGGGGGACCUCACGAUUGAGGAAUGUUCAAAAGACCUUUCGAGCAUGGCCUCAGCUAAAUCGCCCGGGGUAGAUGGUUUCCCGGCCGAGUUUUAUCGUAGGUUCUGGAAACAAUUGGGCCCAGAUUUAGUCGACGUAUACAACUUUAGCUACCGUCAAGGUCGAUUACCUAAAUCCCAUCGAUGUGGUGCGAUCACCCUUCUUUAUAAGAAGGGUGACUGUUUGGAUGCUGCCAAUUGGAGGCCGAUCACGCUACUGUGCGCGGAUUACAAGAUCGCAGCAAAGGCCUUAGCUAAUCGUUUACUCUGUGUGAUCGCGUCCGUCGUCUCGCCUGAUCAAACGUGUGGGAUACCGGGUCGCUUUUCCGGGGAAAACAUACGUCUUCUGCAAGACGUAGCUGAUUACGCUAAUCGAUGUCAUAUCGGGGGAGCAAUUGUCUCCUUGGAUCAAGAGAAAGCCUUCGAUCGUGUAGAAAUAUCCUAUAUGUUGAAGGUCUUAGAACGGAUGGGAUUCGGACCGUCUUUCCGGCGCUGGAUUAAGAUACUUUAUACUGACGUGUACUCUGCAGUCUCGGUGAAUGGUUUUCUUACGGACUAUUUCCCGGUGACUCGUGGGGUACACCAAGGUUGUCCACUCUCGCCUUUGUUGUAUGUCUUGGUGAUGGAGUCGUUGGCAUGCGCUGUCCGAGCCGAUAUCCACAUCGACGGUUUCCCUCUUCCGGGUGGGAACAACGUGGUGAAGAUUUCUCAGUAUGCUGAUGACACAUCGAGUCUUGUUGUUAGUGACGCCUCGUUGCGUGCACUGUUUGCGCUGUUCGCGAAGUAUGAGCGUGCCAGUGGGGCUCGUUUGAAUCAAGGCAAAUGCUGCGGUCUUUUGUUGGGUCCUUGCCGUAAUCGUACUUCGCUCCCGGUGGUUUUAAAAUGGUCCUCCAGUCACAUUGUGGUCCUAGGCGCGAGAAUCUCUUCGGAGAGUACUCAAGACUGGGAGCCUGCCUAUCGUAAACUGGAGGCAGUUUUCCUUUCCUGGCAACGUCGGCAUUUGUCUUACCGUGGUCGUGCGUUAGUUGCAUGCGUCCUGGGUGCGAGCCGUUUCUGGUACUUGGGUGCCACGGUGCCGGUAAGCUCGCACCUAGUCUCUUGGUUAGAUCAGUUGCUCUUCAAUUUCGUGUGGAACGGAAAAGGGGAGUGGCUCAAACGGUCUUCGGUGACGCAACCCCUGUCGCGUGGUGGUUUGGGGGUUGUCAUUGUGGCUUCGAAGCUAGCAUCACUCCGGGUGAUGUGGGUGAAACGCUUCCUUGUUGGUCAGGAACAUCCUUGGAAGUGCUUUUUCCGGCACUUCCUUCGCCGGGCUUUUCUUGCCGAACCAGUCAUUCGUGUAUUUAACCUGCGGCACAUUGGCCGUUCCACACUCAACAAACUGCCGUUUUUCUACCAGCAAGUGCUCGAGUCCUGGCUUGUGUUGGGAGGCGCACAAGAUUCGGCAGGCGUUUGGGUCGUGCCAUCAGGGAGUGAUGAGCUACAUUUGUCCAAUUUAUCUAGCAGAGUGGCGUAUUCCAUUGUUGUGCCCCAGACCGAACAUCGGUGUGUGGCAAAGUUCGCCAUGUUCAACAUUGACUGGCUGGCAGUUUGGCGUGAUUUAGAACUUCUGCGCUAUGAUCGCCCAGUAUGGAAAACGAACUGGUUGGCAGUGCAUGGCAUCUUGCCUACCUGUGAUCGGAUAUCCAAGUGGGGUGUGGUGGUCAACAACUUUCAUUGUCACUGCGGGACCAUUGAGUCGCAACACCACCUGUUCAUUGACUGUCCUUUGGCUCGAGCAUUGAUUGACUGGUUCGAGGGGUUGUUGGGUCGGUUUCGUCCUGCCAGGCGGAACCUUUCGAACGCUGAAAUCCGGUUCGGCUUUGCGACUUCGGUCAAAAUCCCGGCCGGAUAUAAGUUUAUUCUGGCAACCCUGCGGCAUUAUGUUUGGGUCGCUAGAAAUGCCUGGCAAUUUGCGGGUACUCGUCCAGAUCUCGAGGACUUGGUCGAGAAAAUCUUAGCUACGUUUCGGUUUGUCUCGAAAGUCCAACAGCGAAGUUCUCGUUUUACGAGGAUGAGUGGCUUGCUGGGGGAGUGCUGGGGUCUUUGUUGUAACUAGCUUUAACCCUUGCCCCGGAGAGCCUGCUCCCACCAGCUGUGGUCGGUUCCUUCUCUUGGUCAGUGGCUCGGUGGUCUGGGAACAGGCCAAGCUAAGUGUGUGCAUGUUCGCUUUAGGUAAAUUUCAGUUCCCGAAAGGGGCCUGACCGAGUAUCGUCUGGUCCUUAGGGACCGGGCUCUUUAGGCCGUAAAACUCCUUUUAGGGGGUAAUUUGUUUUGCCCCCUUGUUCUUUUAGGUCAUGGGGUCUUCCCCUGCCCCGUAUAUGGAGGUGCGCUCUCCUGCCCCAGGAAGGAAGGUGGCCUGCCCGGGCCUUCCUUUCUCUCUGUGUGUGUCUACCUGUAGGGGCAAAUACCUCAGCUUUGCGCUGUAUUUGCUCUUGCCUUGUUUUUGACCAGGGUUUUAUCCGAAUUUGACUAGUUCCGCCCUGGUUAAAGAUCUCUGGCUUUUGCCAGCUAGUCGUCGAUUUGAAAAAUGUCGGUUCACGUGUCUAUUAAAAUGUAGUAUUGUGGUUAUUUUCGACUGUUUUGACUUGCAUAACUUUUCUUAUGUUAGUUUGUCCCGUUUCUGUCUAGCCUUUGUUUUGUCUGGUCACCUAUGUUUGUCAGGUCUUAUGUGAGUGUGGGUACAUUUUGUUUGUCCUGUACUUUGUGGCUAUCCGAAUUUUUGUUCCGAGGUUCCGUUUGUUUUGCUUUUAGCUUGGCAGGCUGGCCACUCGGUUCCCCUGGUUCAGUUGACUUUGGUUGGCUGGGACCAGUGGUUGUUGAAUGUUUUCUCGAUCUCGUUUUGUCUUGGCCCAUGGGGUCGCUCAUGUUGUUCCAUCUUUAGUCAGUCUCACUCCUGAACCAUUCACGAUCAUAGGUUUUGGGACCAUUCAUGGCUGUAUUAUGGCACGGGGGAGGGGUUCACGACCCCUGUCGGUUUGCGUCGCCUGUAGCGGUCCCCCUGGGUGCGGCAGUGUCGAGGGUCCAGGCUCCAUUGCACCGUCGGAGUCAAUAAGCCUUCUGUCGUACGAUCCAAAAUAAGAUCAAGUGUAGUAUCUGUUCUUAUCAGCUUAAUAUCUGAUAUGUUAGGCAAUGCCUAACUCAUAUAUUAAACUGAUUUUUGGACUUCGGCCAUGGGAUUGAAGCUUGCUUCGCCCUGGCUACGGGUUGUCUCGGUAUUGCACUACAUCCGAGUACGGCCCCUUCCCCACUCGGGGAAGAACAUUUUUUUAUUUCAAAUCAAACUAUAAAGCAAUCUCUACUUUAUUAGACGAUUACACACACUUAAGUACUUUUCACAUGCCGAUCGAUUUAUAUUAACGCCAUACUCGAAUACCACGUGAAAUAAUAUAUCAUGGCUUUCUCAUGCAUAUAUAACAUACAUAUCAUAUGACUUGUAACACUUUAUUAUUUAUCCUAUGCUGAUAUUUCACACCUUGUGAGCGUGUUUUCAUUCAGCUAUGAACCGAAUCAACUACAUCUAAUUUUACUAACAUACUUUUUCAUUCUCUAGAUCGCGGCACAUGACGUUCAAGACAAGAGGGAAACCCCCGAACUACCACAAUCGCGUCUCAUCAUCAUCGCGUAUAUAAGGUGAGCGGCGGAAACAACAGCAUACUUACCUGACGCAGGUACUUACAUGCGUCAGGUUCUUCACCCUUGCAGUGGAGGAUCUAUGCUUGGAACACAGUCCAAAACUCUGUUGUCAAGGUUAUCAACUAGCUGCAGUUGUUUGUGCAGACACGCCCUCGUCUUUGUUCUUGUCUUCCGGUCGACUGGCCAGCCUAACUUGUUAGGUGUUUAGGUAGCGACUACUCCACUUCUUUUUUCUUCUUGACUGCUUGCCUCGGACUUCGGAUCGUAGUCAAGUAGUUUUCCUGGCUGUGGGACUGGGUGAUUAGCACCCAGCACAGUCUUAAGGCCGCCAGUACCAGUGUUUUUAGUGUUUUACGAGGUAGUGGUGACUAGUGUGUUUCUGGUUGUUUCCUGUCGAGUGGUCUAAUUAGGGGAUCACUCAAAGGAAGGCUGUCUUUUGUUGGUCUUUGUCUUUGCCUUGUUGCGGGCAGCAGCUUUGGGUUGUUCUUGUCCGUUCCCUGGUUUUCCUUCCUUUUUCCUGGGUAUUUUGUGAUUGGUUCAAUCACUGUUUGUGGUGCUGCUCCUUUUGUUCCUGGGGGUAGUAGUGUUUGUACCUGGGUUUUUGGUGACUGUUUUUGGUGCAGUCACACUCUUUGUUAAGUUUUGUGCUGGUUUGUGCGCAUAUUUACUUGACUUUUGUUCUUUGGCGAUUGUUCUUGUUUGCUGGAAUCGCUCUUUGGCGGUUGUUUGUACACUUUUUGGUAUAUUCGCUUUUUGUGCCGUUGGUUUUGGGCACAUUUGGCGGUUGUCUGUGUACUUUUGGUGCAAUCGCUCUUUUUUUAGCGGUGUAUUAGUAUAUCUAUAUAUAUAUCUGGCUUUUCCUUCUUCUUUCUAAACGGUGGUCGCCUUCAGUGGUUGUACUGCCUGUUUUAUUAAGGAUCAGUCAGUUCUAGCGUUUAGUAGGCACAGCGAGUCACCUCGGUUGGCCUAAUUCUUUGUUUCACUAAUACACCUACAUAAGUAUAUACAUUUCAUUUAAAAUAUGUCAUUCCCUAACUUUACUGCGAAGGAUUUCGCAAAGUGGAAUCAGACAAGCUCCUGCUUUCGCCUCCCCAAACGGUUGGUCUGCAACGACACCGUUAAAGAUGUUAGGGUGGCAUUAAUUAAGGCCAUUGGGGCUGAGAGGACCUCUGCUGUUCAGGCUUUGCCUGACAAUCAGUACAGGAUCCAAUUCACCUCUCCCUCCUACAAGAUGGGAUAUGACCUUAAUGGUCUUAAUUUUCGCAGUGUAAACAUCACACCAACCCCGGCAUAUGAGCAACUCACAAAUGUCUUUGUGGAUCGGGCUCCUCUCCAUAUGCCAAAUAGCUAUAUCUCGUCUUCUUUGUCCGCAUACGGCCGUGUCGUUAGCGUUCGUGAUCUUUGCGUUAAAGGCUACAAGGACAUUCGCACUGGGACACGCAUGGUCACCAUGUCUCUUCUUCGGCCAAUUCCUGUGGUCGUUAAGAUAGCGAACUUGCCUUGCUCAGUCUGUUACAACGGUCAGCCACCUUAUUGCCUGUCUUGUAACGCUUUUGGGCAUUUUGCCCGCUGUUGCCAGCAGGGAAGGACAAAGAAACUACCAUCCAAUACAGGUGCGCCUGUUCAGCGCUCCCAGCCUAUGGAGGCGUCAUCGCCUCGUACAUCUUCUGCAGCAGCUUCCUCUGUUUGUGUCGAUGCCGCUCCACCUUGUGCAUCCGUUGACCAACCUGUGGAUUCCGCUAUUGUUGCCGUCCCUUCCACCGGGAUGGAAACUGAUAGUGGCGCGGGCGCUGCUGUUACUCUUUCCUCUGAGGAUGAUGUUUCCUCUCCUCAACCCAAAAAGUUAGUUGUCACGAUCAGUGAGUUCAGGGAGUCGCUUGCUAUAUCGCAUGACUUUUCCUGCCAACGUGAAGUGUCCUUAGUACAGCAACGCUCAAUGAAUCGUGACAAGCUGAAGCGCCUGCAGAAACCUCGAUCAACUGCAGGGGCUAAGAAGUCUUUGUGUUUGUCCGUGCCUGCUAGUGAGCCUCCUCCCGCUCCUUCUAGCUCACCCCAUCAUGCUUCUGCGGAGCAUGCUGUAUCAGACUCUGUUGUGCCUGAUACGCCGCCUUCAUCUCGCCGCUCAGGUAAGAUCACACGGACGAAACACAUCCGGGAACAGAGGCUGCUUCAAUCAAGCAGUCACCUGUCCGUCAGUAAGUCUCCUUCCUCCACUACAGUGGCCAGUCCUUUGCCUACUAACAGUGCUGCCGAGCUGGUUGGCUCCACUCCUCCAUCUCCUCCAUCAAGCAGUCACCUGUCCGUCAGUAAGUCUCCUUCCUCCACUACAGUCGCCAGUCCUUUGCCUACUAACAGUGCUGCCGAGCUGGUUGGCUCCACUCCUCCAUCUAUGGGCCACAUUCCUACUGGUACUAAAUCACCUGUACCUUGUGGUGCAUCUGUGGCAGCUACUUGUCAGUCGUCUGCUACUGUGUCACCAUCUGAGCCCUCUCUGCAGCUGCGCCUCUCUCGGAGUGAGCAGUCUGUCGAACCUGUUACCUUGCUUCCUCCGCCAGUUAUUGGAGCUGUAGAGCCGUCCCCUGAUGGCACUCCUGUGACCCACACCCCUGUGUACACAACUCCACCUGUGCCUUCUUGUGAGCCUGCGUUAGAAGAUGCUGCUAGUUCUGCGGCAGAGUUUUCUCCACCUCCCAUCCCUUCUCGUCAGGCUCUGGCUCCUUGGCAAGCUUCUGGUUCCGCUGCUUCUCCUGCUGCGGCCUCCACUUAUGCUCUGGCUGUCUUGUCAGGCUCUUCUUCUUUGCUGCCAUUACGGCAGGGCGAGCUUGAGUUCCCCGAGUCGCCAGACCUUUUUCCUCCGCGGAGUUCUGAUUCUGCAGGCUGGUUAACGACGCCUUCCAAUUUUCCAGUUUCUCCAGUCUCUCCGCAUUUUUCAUCAGGCGACUCCUUUUAUGGCAGAUCCUAUUUUUCGGAGGACGAUCCUCCGUCUUUGCUUCCUUCUGCUUCCGAGCAGGUGGAUGUUUUAGCUGAUCAGUCUCUGGUCAGACUUUUUACUAACAAUAACGAUGUAUAACUUACUUACACUUAAUAUAAAUGGUCUUAAUGACCAUAUAAAACGGACAGCUCUAAUUGAUUGGCUGAAAUGCAUGCAAGCAGAUAUUGUUUGCCUUCAAGAGACGCACGCAUCCUCUCACAGUACUAUCUUGAGCUGGUUCCGUCAUUCUGGUUUUCGUGUGGCCUCCUCUUCUUUUUCAAAUAAGCGGUGUGGGGUCGCCAUUUUAAUUAAAGAUAUAUAUACAUUUACGCAGGUUCGUAAGGACAACGAUGGUCGCUUCUUGCAGGUUGAGAUUGACAUCGAAGGGAACAAGUUACGUUUUGUUUCUUUGUACGCGGCAAACAAGAACCCGGUGCGCAACACUUUUUUUGCGAACCUGCCAGAUUAUAUUGAUUUGGCAGUUCCUACUUUCCUUUGCUGUGAUUUCAAUGCCGUCCUGGACCCGGACUUGGAUAGGCGCCACCAUCUGUCUUAUGCCGGUCCUUCUCAGGCGGCCACGGCCCGCGAAAGUGUUGCUGCCUUACAAUCCUUGCUUUCUGCCACGCAUACUUUUCCUGUGUGGCGAACACGUCAUCCUGCUGAGCGGAUCUUCUCGUGGGAUCAUGCCUCAGGUAAGUUUUCUUCCCGAAUCGACAUGAUCUGGGCACCUUUGGUCUUGGACCAAUCGAUCACUGACUGCCAGUACCAUACCUCCUUUUUCUCCGAUCACCGCUACAUGUUGCUCAAGUUCCAUUUGGGUGACGUGUUUGCGCGUGGUCCGGGGGUAUGGAAAUUCAAUACGUCACUGCCAGACAGUCCGGAGUAUUGUGCCCUGGUUCGCUCUUUCUGGGCUUUUUGGAAGAUGCAGGAGUCCUCUUCCACCUUUUCCUCUUCCCUUGAUUGGUGGGAUCAAGGGAAAUUUUUCCUUAGGGAAAUCACUCGUUGUUUUGGCCGUGCUCGAGCUCCCGAACAGUCAAGGACCAAGCUGGAUCUUGAACGACAGCUCAAACGCUUGCAACAUCUGUUUGAUGCUGGUGACUCUUCUGCCUUCUCUCAACUUUGUGCUGUGCAAGAGGAGCUUCGUGCAAUACACCUUCAUGAAGCCAAGGCCUUGCAAGUACGUGUACGCUGUCGCUGGGCCGAAGAAGGCGAAACAUCCUCCUCUUUCUUUUUAAGUUUGGAGAAAAAGCACCGGGCCAAGCAGGAGAUUACUAGUAUUUGUGACCCUGACACGGGACUCAUUCACCAUGACCCAUUUAAGAUCUUGGAGACAUGGCGCUCGUACUACCAACGCUUGUUUACGGCUGAGGAAUGCGAUUGA